AUCGAAUCCUUAUAUAUUUAGCCAGGACUAGGCUACAUCAGUUAGUGUUUAACAGACGUACACAAACAAACAAUCAAAAUGUUCAAGCUUCUAAUUUUGGCCGCCAUCUUGGCAUUCGCUGCCGCCAAACCGUUGGUGUACACGGCGCCAGUAGCCGCUGCGUACACGGCGCCAGUAGCCGCUGCGUACACAGCCCCGCUGGCUUACUCUGCGUACAGCGCAUACUCGCCCGUCGCUUACUCUGCCUACACUUACGCUUCUCCCUACUCUUACUACAUACUCAUUAUCGCCCUUGCUGCAGUCUUGGGCUUUGCUGCAGCCACGCCGUCGGUGCUGGCUUACUCCGCACCGAUAGCUUACACCGGCUACAGCCCGAUCGCUUACUCAGCUUAUAGCGCUCCCUACGCGUACUCUGGAUUUCUGAUUCUUUCCGCUGUUUUGGCGAUCACCGCCGCCAAGCCUAACGCCUUAAUCGGCGGAUUCGGAUAUGCCGCACCAGCUGUGGCUUACUCCGCCCCAGCAGUAGCGUACUCUGCACCAGCUAUCACCGCCGCUGUCGCCCCCGCCGUCGCCCCAGCCGUUGCCCCGGUCGCCUACAGCGCCCCAGCCGUCGCCGCCGCCGUAGCCCCCGUAGCAUACUCCGCCCCAGCCCCAGUUGCAUACUCUGCCCCAGCAGUAGCUACCGCCGCUGUCGCCCCUGUUGCUCCCCUCGCCUACUCCGGAUACCCAGCAUACUCUCCCUUCGGAUACUCUGGCUACGCUACUCCCUACGCUCUCUCCGGUGUAUCCACAUACGGCCCAGCAUACGGCUACGGCUACAGCAGCUACCCUAGCUACUACUGGAAGAAACGAUAA